GCCAUUUCCCUACCUCCAAGCUUUGCUGAUACAGGUUUUCUGUCGAGCUAGCUACGCAGUAUUUUUUGUCAAGAAAUGGACGCCGCAAAUCAACUUUGCAAACUUUUUGUCGGUGGAUUGAACGUAGAUACCGACGAUGACGGGCUCCGCAAGCAUUUUGAGCAGUAUGGUCAACUGACCGACUGCGUUGUGGUUGUGAAUAAGCAGCUACAGAGGUCCCGCUGUUUCGGCUUUGUUACCUACUCGAGCGGGGAGGAGGCCGAUGCAGCAAUGGCGGCUAGGCCACAUGUCGUUGAUGGCACCAACGUGGAGUUGAAAAGAGCGGUCGCUCGUGAAGAUGCUGGUAAACCCGAGGCACUCGCCAAAGUUAAGAAAAUAUUCAUCGGUGGACUGAAAGACGACAUCGAAGAUGAACAUCUGAAUGAUUAUUUUUCCCAGUUUGGCGAGAUCGAGAAGGCCGAAGUAAUCGCGGAGAAGGAAACCGGAAAGAAAAGGGGUUUCGGCUUUGUUCACUUCACAGAUAACGACUCGGCCGACAAGGCUGUGGUUGUGAAGUUCCACACCAUCAAUGGGCACAAGGUGGAAGUGAAGAAAGCCCUCACCAAGCAGGAGAUGCAAGCUGGUGGUGGCGGCAGGGGUGGAAGAGGGGGGAGAGGCAUGAGAGGAGGACAAAAUGGCUUCGGUGGCGGCAGAGGUGGUUACGACAGCUACGGGGGCGGUUUCGGUGGGGGCUACGGAGGCAAUAGCGGCGGUUAUGGCGGCGGCUACGGAAGUGGAGGCUAUGGCGGUGGUUAUGGAGGUGCAAGCUACGGAGGUGGCUACGGCGACCAGAUGGGAGGUUAUGGUGGCGGCAAUGGCUACAGUGACUUUGGCAGUGGGUACAGCCAGCAGUCCUCCGGGUAUGGGCCCAUGAAAGGCGGCAGCAACUAUGCCGGUAGGAGCCCCGCUCCAUACGCCCCCAGAGGCGGUGCGGGUGGCUACAACAGAGGGGCUUAUGGCGGCUACUAAACCCGUGGCUACGACAGACUAUUUGCAAAGAAAUGUCUUUUACACCCUCAACCGUCGGAUCGGACGACCUCAAACCGAACUAAAAAAAAUUCAGUCAUCGGGCAUCUGCCAUAAAGUACUGGCAAAAUGCCGACACUGUGAAACCUAAUCAUUAAGAAGACCUCAAAACCAAACAGGUAGGAAGAUGACUUCCGACCCAGAACCUGAUUAGCACGACCAGCUGUUGCUGUAAGAAAAGUUCGAUUGCAAAACCCAUUUAUCAUUUGUUCGAAGUUGAGGGCGUGUAGCUGUCGUUAGUUGGCUUGCUUUUUUUUUUUUUUUUUUUUUAGAUUUGCGUACAUUCGUUUUUGAGUUUAGUCAAGGAUUGUUUUGUUUGAUACUAUAUUUUCUCUUAUCUACAUUUUAAGAAAUUAGUUCCGAAUUUCCCUGGGGUCUAAUCUUUUUUUCAAUGUUUGGGGAAUGGGACGCAUGUGCUAUGGAGUUGUAUUUAUUAGCUAUGACUCUGAUGUAAAUUUGUAUUCUAUCCACUACUAGCCUAUAGGUUUUAGGUGACGCUUAGGUGGUGGGGCGGAUCCAGUUUAAACGUUUCAUUCUUGACAAUGUUUUGUAAAUCAACGAAGUACGUCACAGUAAUUUCCCAACACACAUACAUAGCGUCCGCUAUCAGCUUAAUGUUCCUUUCAUUUACUUCAGCAAUAUCUCAUGUAUAUUGUAUAAUCUGUCUGAAGAUCAAACUACAAUUGUUAAGCAUUGGUAUGCAUAUGUAUGUUCAUUUUAAAUAAAAAGUUAAACAAACUUAGUUAUUUUACUCAUUUUACCAGGAUGUCUUAAAUGGAUAGUUCGUGUUUUUGACAGCUUGUACUACUUCCCCAAAGUCAAAUCAAGGUAUACCAUUUGUAAUCAUCAGCGUCCAGUAUGAAGGCAGUUGGUACUUUCGAGCGCCAAUACUUCCUUCAAGCUGCACGCAGGUGCAUAUAAAUGGUAUCUACAAGUUCAUAUCAAUGGAGAAGUAGUGGGCCUCGUAAAAAUCCCGAACUAUCCCUCUAAGUCUACUUCUGAUUGGUUAUAUUAUGUGACUUAUUUUAUAUAUAUUUAAUAUUAGCUUCAUGGCGUUUCUUCCAUUGCUCUUCCCAGCUAGGGGGGUGAAGAAUGGAUUGCGGUUAAGUUUGCCCAUGACCAAUGCAUGGAGGCUUUGUUGGUUGGCAAUAACAUAUUGUUCCAUAAAGUUAACUGGCUUUUAACUUGUGGACCUGAGGGCUCUCAUAUUUAUCUUUGAUUCCUACAUUUAGGUGUUCAUACUGUUAUCCAAGUACGUCAACAUAGCAGUAGCAGUUUGACUUUAUACAGGGACCCUGUUCUAUACCUGGGGUCGAUUGUCAUAGGACUCUGAAAUAUCUCUUUAGGAUCACAUCAGCAAACUAGGUAGCCAUGGUGACCUGACUGCCAGGACACCAAUCUGGCAAAGCCUUGGUUUCCUUCAGGACUGGGGGAUUACAGUUAAGGCUGUCCCACUUCCAUGGGUGAUUUGGAACCCCUGGACAUUCUGCCUAAUGUGUGCAUUAAAAUCUUUAUUGUAUUUACCAGGUUUCAAUAAUUGCCAGUGGGUUUUUUCUAGUCAAUCUAGGAGGGUGACGUGAUUGACUACUUAUUCUGUUCUUACCCAUUGUAGGAAAGUGGGUCAUGCAUGUUAGAUCAUUGCAAACUAUGGAAAAAUGGACACCAAUGGUGGCUUUGUGCUAUGCUUUUAAUUUGCUGCAAUUUAAAUAAAACUAUUUUUUUUAAAGA